AUGUCACACAAAAAUGUUGAUAUUCGUGAAAUAGAAAAAUUUUCAGCUCUUGCUAAGCAAUGGUGGGAUCCCCAUGGCAAGAUGGGAAUGCUCCAUACCAUUAAUCCCUUGCGCUUAAAAGUUAUUGAAGAUGCGGUUCCUCUAAAAGGGAAAAAGGCUUUGGAUGUUGGAUGCGGUGGAGGAAUUUUAACCGAAGAGAUGGCUCGUUCUGGCGCGGUUGCAUUGGGGAUAGACCUGGCGGAAAAACCUCUUGAAGUUGCAAAGUUGCAUGCAAAGGAACAAAGCGUAAAGGUUGAUUAUCGUCUCACUAAUAUUGAAGCAAUGUUGGAAGCUUCUGAGGGAAAAAUAGAGAAAUUUGAUGUUGUGGUAUGCAUGGAAAUGUUAGAGCAUGUCCCCCAUCCUGACCAGGUUAUCAAUGCUUGUGCCCAAUUAUUAAAACCGGGAGGACAUGUUUUUUUCUCCACCAUUAACCGUACAAUAAAAGCUUUUAUCUGCGCAAUUUUGGGGGCUGAAUAUAUUUUGAGGAUUAUGCCAAAAAGGACACAUAAGUAUAGCAUGUUGCUUCGGCCCGAAGAAAUUGAAAAAUGGGCGAUGGACAGUGGACUCUCUUUGGAAAAAACAUCGAGCUUUAUUUACAACCCUUUCACGAAAACAUUUAAAUUAAGAGAAGGUGCAGAUAUAAAUUAUGUUAUGCACUUUACAAAGAAGUAG